AGCCGUGUGUUUCACUUGUAUAAUAUGGUGUCAGAUGUAAACCAAAAAAAAAAAUUGAAGAAAAUAAAUCGAAAAUUAAUUAUAUUUAAAACAAAAUGACAGAAGAUAAAGUCAAAGUUAUUAAUAAUAAUUAUAAGCAAGUGGCCGUGGAUAGUGGUUCCUUACGUCCUCUUGAUUUAAAGUCAACAAAUCUGGCGGCUGCUUGGAAAAUUUGGAAAAAGCAAUUUAAAAUAUUUCUAGCCGCAAGUGAUCUUCUCAGUGACUCAGACUUCAGAAAAAAUUCAUUACUUCUUCACCACAUAGGACCUGAAUCUUUUGAAAUCUUUGAUUCUUUCGAUGUGGAUGAGGAAACUAUAAAGCAUGCCGAUUUAAUUACAAAAUUUGAUGCAUAUUUCCUUCCAAAAUGUAAUGUUAUCAUGGAACGGUUUAAUUUUUUCUCGCGACGUCAAAGUACAUCUGAGUCGAUUGAUGAAUUCUUAACGGCACUUAAAAAUCUAAGCAAAACAUGUAAUUUUGGCACUCUUAAAGAUGAAUUGGUUAGGGACUUAUUUAUUUGUGGUCUAAACCAAAGUCAUCAAUUUAUUCGCGAAAAAUUAUUAAAUGAAUCAUCAAAAAAUCUCGAAGAAAUAAUCCAAAUUGCUAAAUCUCUGGAAAUAGCAAAGCAGCAGUCUAAAGAAUUUAUUCAUGGAAGUAAUGGAGAAGACAACAGCAAAGUAGAGUUUAUUGGCAGCAUUCGAGAAAGAGAGAGACAACAGCAAUGGAGCAACCAAGGAAAAAGAAACAACAACUUCCGCAAAACCAAAAAUCAAAUUCAGCAUGAGCCUAGCGGGUCAAAUAAUAAUCAACUAAAUACAUGCGGAAGAUGUGGCCAACGGCAUUUUUACAAUAAAUGCCCUGCAUGGGGAGUUACAUGUCAGCAGUGCAGGGGAAAGAAUCACUAUGCGAAAAUGUGCAACACAAAUAAAAUUAAGAAAACAAUCGGUAACAUAGAAGCAGAAGGGGAAUCAGCUACACAAUCAUCUGAAGAAGACCUUUUUAUAGGAAAAAUAAUGAGUUCAACAUACACCAAGGCAUGGAAUGUAGACAUUGACAUCAACAAUCAAGUGGUGGUGGCUCAAGUAGAUACCGGAGCAGAGGGAAACAUAAUGUCAAUAAAGAAAUUUGAAAUGUUAAAUUUGGACAAAAACUUGAUUAAAGAAACUAAUACUAAUUUGUUAACCUUUUCGGGAGAAAAAUUAAGAGUUAAAGGAAAAUGUAAAUUAUAUUGUCUUUUUAAGAACAAUGGUAUUUAUCUUGAUUUUUAUAUACUUGAAAUGAAUUGUAAAACUGUAAUAGGUUUAGAUACUUCUAUUAAAUUGAAUUUGGUGAAAAAUAUUAAUAUUGUACGUGGUGCUAAAAAUCAAGGAAUAAAAGGUUCAAAUAUGCUUUUGGAAAAAUAUAAAGAAGCUUUUAAUGGGCUGGGCUGUCUUAAAAACAAGUGUAAAUUGGUUUUAAAAGAAAAUGUUUUACCGGUAGUGGAACCACCACGAAAAAUACCAUUUGAUUUACAAAAGGAACUAAAAACUGAGCUUAAACGAAUGGAAAAUUUAGGGGUGAUAGUGCAAGAAAAUCAACCAACAAAGUGGGUGAACUCAAUUGUGUUAGUUAGAAAGGCUAAUGGAAACCUGAGGGUUUGUUUGGAUCCUAGACACUUGAACAAGGUAAUAAUGCGUCCCCAUUUUCCUUUUUCAGAUAUUGAUGAGGUAAAAUCUCGCCUUUCAAAUGCAAAAUAUUUCAGUAGUUUGGAUGCUAAUAGCGGCUUUUGGAUGAUACCCUUGGAAGAAGAAUCAUCUAAGCUAUGUACAUUUAAUACACCUUUUGGUAGAUACAGGUUUAUUAGAUUACCAUUUGGAGUCAAUGCGGCUCCUGAAAUAUUUCAUGCAGAAAUGAUAAAGCAUUUUUUCACAUACCAAAUGUUGUAA